AUGAGACAUUUAUUACAUCCACGUAUAUUAUCACCAUUAUUAUUAUGGUCAAUAGCUUUAUAUUUGAUACAUCAUUAUCUUCUUCCUUUACCAGUACCUUCUCUUUCAACUAGAUUAUCAAGUUCAACAAAAAUAUCAGGAUCUAAACAUUUAUUAAGCACAUCUUUCCCUAAACCUCCACAAAGACAAGGUGAUGAUAAUCUCGAUUCGAUAGAUCCGCAUUAUCGACCUUUCUCUCCUUUACCUCCACCCGAAGCCCCUUUUCCAAGAUUAAGACCUACGAGGAUUUUACCAGGUAGAUGUUUAGAACAAUGGUUCGCAGAUGGAGAAACGAAUUGUGGACAAAAAGAAUUAGGGGAAGAAGAGAAAUUAGAUGCUACUUGGUUAUGGGUUAAUGGGAGUGAUUUGAGAUGGCAAAGGGAUUUGAUUUAUUGGAGAGAGAGAAUGGGUGUUUAUUCACCAGAACGACAUUUCAGAGAACAAGAUGAACUAGUUCACUCCAUGCGCUCUGUCCUCACAGCUCUACCAGGAAAAAUCCGUACCAUGCAUCUCAUCACCGCCGAUUUCCCCUUCACACAAGAAGAUCUUCCCCUAAUUCCUCUGGCAGCUGCCAACCCUCUUCAACAACAUUUACAACAAAAUUGGCGUGUAGCUCAAGCACCUAUAUGGCUAGAUUAUUCUCGUAGAGAUCCUUCUUCCCCUACACACCCUUUUCAUCCUUCAGCACCUCUCCCACUGGAUAUUCGUACCGGUAGGAUACCUUCGGCCGUGAGGAAUUAUCCAACGUUGAGAUAUGCUGGUCAUUCGGAGAUAUUUCAUUUACCUACAAUGGAAAGGGAUGCGGUAACGGAAGAAUUGGGGGAACAUGAAUGGAGAGAAAAACAGUGGAGGGCGAAAGCUUUACCUAGUUUUAAUUCAAUGUCUAUCGAAAGUCGAAUUGGUUGGUUACCUGGUUUAGCCGACGUCUCUCUUUCUCUCAACGACGAUUUCUUCCUGCUCCGACCUCACGCCGUAUCAGACUUUCAUUCUCCGUUCUAUGGUUCUGUCAUUCGAUUUGACCACGGGUACUACCAACAAGUCAAACCUGUCCUGGACAAAACUCGUUUCAACGACGCAGGCGAGAUGGGAGGAUUGUACCAUGCCAACUACCUCUUAUCCCAGCGAUUCCCAAAACGUCUUCGGCCGUAUUUUGCUCAUGUACCAAAGGUCAUCACUCGGGGUUUGCAUCAUGAAGCUAGCUUGAUGUUCAAGGAAGCAUUGAUGGAAAGUAGUUCGAGAAGGUUUAGAGAGUUGAUGUAUGGGGAAGGGGAUGUACAGAUGCAGUGGUUAUUGACUUCGUUGAGGGUCGAGCGCUGGCGUGAAGCCCUCCUGUGGACAUACGUAGUAGCCAAUCUCGGUACUCUCGGACCACCAGGCCUAUGGUCUAUCAGUGCCCGAGACGAACUCAUGGAUAUGUUCGGUAUGGGUCCAGGUGACGAAGAUGUGAUCAAGAUUGAAGUGCAUAAAGGUGAAAGGUGGACUAUAGAAGAAGGCAGAAUGGAGAAGCUGUUUUUACAAGCAGGAUGGGAAGCUCCUAAGCAGACUGAAUUUUUGUUCUCAUCUAUGGAUGGACAUAUGGAUUCUAUUCCUAAACCUGGAUACAAUGUAGAUCCUGAUAAAUGUACCAUAGACUUGGAUCGAUGUUUCGGUCCGUUUUGGACAAGAGCGGAAGAUGUCGAUUCGGCGGACAUGUUUAAACGUCUCACUUUUCAAUACCCAGAAUGUGGUGAUUGUCUUAUCAAAGCUCUAGUGACAGCUUCCGGACCACUUGGUCUCUCAGCUUUCUUCCCUCCUCCUUCAAGAACCUACCGAGCUCCUCGUCUACCUUUAGGUAAAGAAUACCCUACCAUACUUCCACCUCCUCAUCUCCCUCUCACACCUACUUGGCACGAAGCGGAUUUUUCUCUAGGUAGUGUAUUACGUAUCACCGCUUUACCGGAGGAAGAAGUUAGAUUGAGAGAAUAUUGUAUGAAGUUGUUAUCGAGAUAUUUAUAUUUGUCCGCUCGUUCCGUAUCACAUUUCCACAUGCUCCGAUCACCCGAACACGCCAACAAAGUAUUCUCAAUGAUCCAAGAUAACCCCUCGGUGUCUAUCCUAGGUCUGAACGACGAUAUAGAAGAAGGGUAUGAUGUGGUCAAAGAGAUUAUGGGUAGAUGGUUUGAAUUCCGUUGGCCUAAAAAAGCCGUUUGGGAAAGAACUUGGGAUUCGGUGGUUGAUUCUGUUGAAGAUGAUUGA